AUGGCUCACGACUACGUCGACGAUAUCAAGGGCCUUCUGAUAGAGGCCCGAUCUUACUACUCAUGCUACCUUUUCACAGAGGAACUGUUCCCUGGACCGAGCAAACAGCGCGAGUUUGUCAUCCGCGCUUGGAACGCCACCUGUGCAGCUUGUGAGACACUGCCACUCUACGCCCUCUCGGAGCGUAUGAUACGUAUUAUCGGUGCACGCAAGUCGUCUGUGUUUGAUAUCUCUAUGGGGCGCAAGGAAAAGUAUAGCGAGCAUGCCCUUAUAGGACGUUCUCUCGAGAUAGCACUGUUCCCAAACACUCGCACCGGCCUUGGCUUUAUGCACCCAGAGUUUUUUGACCCAAUCCCCGAUCAGCUUCUCGCAUUCCUGCACACUGUGAUCCACGCGCACAUUUGCGAGUGGUCUACCGGACGGCAUAUCAGGGAGGACUUCACCGCGACCAAAAAUGAGACAUUCUAUAUAGGUUUCCUUGCAGAUCUACGAUCGUACGGCAGCAAAAAUCCUUCUGCGUGGCUUAACAUACGCAAGCGCAUGUAUUCGAGAGCCUUCCAAGCUAGCGGAGGGGCAAAGCUCCAGGCGCAGACGACUCGCAUCUCAACGGCUGCCAUAGACGCCGCGCAAGCUGAGCUCGAGGGACGGACCGGACUCACCGAUAGUGAAGACGAGGGGGAAGUGGGGGCGACGGUAGCCUAA